AUGUUCCUCGUCAAAGACGGCAACGGCAAUUUUGGGUCAGACCGGGACGCACUGCCAGCUGGUGGGAGAACUUUGAGAUGGAAGUCGUCCUCCCGGAGGAAGGUAGUUAAGGGCCGCUAUGCAGACACAUCGACCACACAGCGCAUCCCGGUCAGUGAAGAAGAACCGAACACCAGCGACGGUGUUCAACGUGGGGGCGCCCCAACGGUAGCCGCAGCCGCCCUAUUGUGCAAAACAGGGAGUUCCAUUCAGGUGGCUGCUGCAGGCCGGGGCAGUGCAGAGGUGUUGACAUAUGGAUAA